AUGUCUAACGAUGUUUGUCCAUUUCUCCAGCGCUGCGCCCUCGUUGCACUGUUGCAGCUCCAUCGCGUCCGCGAGUCACCGCAUCCCGCACGUCCGCCUUCUGUGCAGAACACCCCCUCCCUCGCAUGCCUCUGGACUCUGGACUCUGGACUCUGGAGUCUGCCCUGCCGCGUCAUGGUGUCGCGGCAGCAAGGUUGGCGGUGCUGGGUGCUCCAACUCCAGGAAGCCCUCUCCGCACCCCUCGGCGACAGACUACCCGUCGCUUUCAUCCGGCACUUCUUCCGCAGCAUCAUUAAUGAGUGCGCAGGCGCUCGAGUGCCGUGGGCUGCGGCCAGCCCCUCGUUUCAUCGAAACUGCUUUAACCACCCGUUCACGCAAUCUGUGGAGGGGGCAGGUGGGCGCCCCAGACCAUGCGGCAUGGCGCUGAGGCUGCCGCCGAGAGGCUGGUCCGCGCAUCUGGCAGCCACAUCGACUGCAAGAGGCAGCCAGGAAUUUCUCCUCCAGCUCCAUCAUGCCUCUCGCUACGGCUGA